AUGCACGAAGCAGACCGUGAGCAGUAUCCAAACUUGUUCGAUGUGGACCAGAACUAUGGCCUCUGCCACCGACUGGAUCGAGAAACCAGCGGCACUGUGCUCGUCGGCGUCACGAAGAAGUCACGCACGCAGAUGCGUGAGUGCUUCCAUCGCCACUACGUGCGGAAGCUGUGCGCCUGGAACGUUCAGUCAAAAUAUCAAGGCUUCAAAACUCUUGGGUCCUUAAUACAAGAUUGA